ACGUUCGUAGUUCGUACGGAACGGGCUGCGGCAACAUGAGCGUGCGAGCUUAGGACCGGCCAAUUAAUUCGAUAAAUAAAUAAAACGUCCUUCAAUUUUUACUAUAUUUAACGUCAUGUCUGACCUUGAGGUUAAAAAUAACGCACUUAAUGAAGAUGGAACUCCUAAAACAGCCAAACAGCUUGAAAAAGAAGCAAAAAAGGCAGCUAAGUUAGCCAAAUUCAAUGAAAAACAGGCGAAAGUUGCUGCAACUGCUGACAGCAAGCAACCUGAAAAGUCUAAGGAGAACCAGAAAAAACCUCCGAAGAAGGAAGAGAAACCUGUGGUCACAUAUGAUCUAGCUACUCCUGCUGGUGAGAAGAAAGAUGUGAGUGUUGAACUUCCAGGUCAAUACAGCCCACAGUAUGUGGAGGCAGCCUGGUAUCCAUGGUGGAAAAAACAGGGAUUCUUCAAGCCUGAGUAUGGGCGAGAUCUGAGUAAGCCUAACCCUGCUGGCCAGUUUGUGAUGGUCAUCCCACCACCCAAUGUUACCGGUAGUCUCCACCUUGGACAUGCCCUCACCAACUCGGUGGAAGAUGCCAUCACUAGAUGGCACCGCAUGAAGGGCAGAACCACCCUGUGGGUGCCAGGCUGUGACCACGCUGGUAUUGCCACCCAAGUCGUAGUGGAGAAGAAACUCAAGCGUGAGGAGAACAAGUCACGCCAUGAUCUGGGCAGAGAAGAGUUUGUCAAGCGUGUCUGGCAGUGGAAGGAAGACUUCAUAGUACCCUUGGUUGAGAAGCGAGAGCUGACCGGACGCACAGAACUCUCUGUACCAGGCCACCCUGACAAGGUCGUGUUCGGCGUGUUGGUGCAGUUUGCUUACCCUGUCAAAGACAGCGCUGAGCGCCUCGUCGUCGCCACUACCAGGAUAGAGACCAUGCUCGGCGACACAGCUGUGGCUGUCCACCCAGAUGACAAGCGAUACCAGCACCUGCUGGGCAGCUCUGUGGUGCACCCCAUCACCGGCGCCGUGCUGCCCAUCAUUGCUGACGCCUUCGUUGACAUGGAGUUCGGGACGGGCGCCGUGAAGAUCACGCCUGCCCACGACCCCAACGACUACGACGUGGGCAAGCGCCACGACCUGCCCUUCGUCAACAUCCUUACCGACGAGGGGCGGAUCGUGGAGGGCUUCGGCGAAUUCAGCGGUCAGCAUCGCUUCGAAUGCAGGGUCAAGUUGACUAAAAAACUCGAAGAGUUGGGCUUCUAUGUUGACACCAAAGACAACCCUAUGGUGGUGCCAAUUUGUUCCCGCUCCAAAGAUAUCAUCGAACCUCUCCUCAAACCGCAAUGGUACGUGAAAUGCGACGCGAUGGCCGAGGACGCAAUUGCAGUGGUGGCCUCAGGAGAGCUGGAAAUCAUCCCGAAGGUCCACGAGAAGACCUGGAAUCACUGGAUGAGCGGCAUCCGUGACUGGUGCAUUUCUCGCCAGCUGUGGUGGGGACAUCGCAUCCCUGCCUACUACGUCACCUGGCCUCAGGCUGAACAGGCCGGCGUAGAUGAAGCCGCGCGCUGGGUGUGUGGCCGAAGUGAGGCUGAAGCGCGCAAGAAAGCCGCGACCAAGUUCGGUGUAGCGGAGUCAGAGAUCAGCCUUGUUCAAGAUCCUGACGUGCUCGAUACGUGGUACAGCUCUGCUCUCUUCCCUUUCUCUGUAAUGGGUUGGCCUGAGAAGACGCGCGACAUGGAACUUUUCUAUCCAGGCACUUUGUUGGAAACUGGACAUGAUAUUCUGUUCUUCUGGGUGGCUAGGAUGGUGUUCUUUGGCAGGAAACUCCUAGGCAAACUGCCCUUCAAGCAAGUGUACCUGCAUGCAAUGGUGCGCGAUGCCCACGGUCGCAAGAUGAGCAAAAGCUUGGGGAACGUCAUCGACCCCAUGGACGUGAUCAAGGGCAUCACAUUAGAGGAGCUUCACCUUCAGCUGGAAGAGAACAGCAACCUUGAUCCCAAGGAAGUAGAGAAGGCUAAGAUGGGUCAAAAGAGUGACUACCCUAAAGGCAUCCCUGAGUGUGGCACUGAUGCUCUACGUUUCGCUCUAUGUGCAUACACUUCUCAGGGUCGAGACAUCAACCUGGACGUUCUGCGCGUCAACGGGUAUCGUAAUUUCUGCAACAAGCUCUGGAAUGCAACCAAGUUUGCCAUGAUGAACCUCGCUACUCCUUUCACCCCUUUCUCGUCUCUCAAGGAACUCCACGCAAUGGGCUCACUGAGGAUCGUCGACCGCUGGAUGCUGAGUCAACUUGCGGUGGCAGUGCGGGACUGCAACGCUGGAUUCCAAGACUACAACUUCCAGGCGGCGACGAGUGCGCUGUAUUCGCUGUGGUGGUACAACAUCUGCGACUCUUACCUGGAGUGCAUCAAGCCGCGGCUGUACGGUCAGCCGUGUGCUGACAGGGAUGCCGCCCAACAGGUGCUUUGGACAUGCCUGCACACCGGUCUACGCCUCAUCUCUCCUUUCAUGCCCUUCCUGUCGGAAGAGCUGUUCCAGCGUCUGCCUGUGCCUCCUGGAGCAGUGCAGCCUGAGUCGAUCUGCGUUGCGCCCUACCCUGACACUGAAGACUACCUGAUGUUCAUCGAUGAAGAGGCAGAGGAGCAAUUCAAACUUGGACAGAAGGUCAUCAACGAAGUGCGGUCUGCCAAAGCUAAAUAUGAUAUUCCCAACAAAAGUAAAAUUGAACUGUCGCUGAUGAGCGACAACAGUUCGACGCAGAUGGUGCUGGAGUCUCUGAGUCGCGACAUAGCGACACUCGCGAUCGCUUCUUCAGUGACGGUGACGACCGAGCAGCCCAGCGGCUCGGUACCCACGCCAGUGGGGGGAGAUUGCGUCGCUUGGCUCAAAUUGCAGGGAUUGGUGGACCUGAGUAAAUGCGAAGAAAGAUUGCAGAAAAAGCUUGCCGAGUGCUUGAACAAGAGCGGCGCUCUUACAGCUGACAUGGCCAAGGAUUCUUACGCCAAGGUCCCAGAUGACGUCAAGGAGAAGAACAGCGACCGACUCAAAGAACUGAAAGCUGAAGAGGAGCAAACAAGAGAUGCGAUCCAACAACUAGCUGCAAUGAAGAAGGAAUAAUAAAACUCUAAACCUUCAA